AUGCGCUACUCUACCUCUGUUGUGACUGCUUUGGCUCUGGGCCGGCGCUGCUCAUGCUGCCGUGCCCAACAAGCGUGGCCACAAGUCGGUCACUCUUACGGACUCCUUCCUCUCCCGCUGAAAAGCCUUCCGCUCCGGCUCAGCCCUCUGCCCCCUGCUGAGAAGCCUUCCGCUCCGGCUCAGCCCUCUGCCCCUGCUGAGAAGCCCUCCGCUCCGGCUCAGCCCUCUGCCCCUGCUGAGAAGCCCUCCGCUCCGGCUCAGCCCUCUGCCCCCGCUCAGCCUUCUGCUCCUGCUCAGCCAUCCGCUCCGGCUCAGCCAUCCGCUCCGGCUCAGCCAUCCGCUCCGGCUCAGCCAUCCGCUCCGGCUCAGCCCUCUGCUCCGGCUCAGUCCAGCGCCCCUGCCCAGCCUUCUAAGGCCACCAGUGUGCCUGUGAUUCCUGCUCCGGUCUCCAGCGCUCCCGUGUCCAGCGCGGCGGUCCCCUCCUCGAAGGCGGCCAGCAGCUCGGUGCUCGUUUCCUCUCAGAAGCCCAAGAGCACCUCCUCGGCCACGAGCACGGGCACCAACACUGUCGGCGGCAACGAGGGCGGCGUGGCUCCCCCGGCUCAAACCAGCAUCGGGGCCGCCAACCCUGGCUCGACCAUCUACGUGCCUGGCGUCGCCAUGGCCGGCAGCAUUGUCAUGGGCCUGAUGGUGCUUGCUUGA